AUGCAAUCAUUCUCGGUAUCUUUCGUGACAAACACCGGAUAUGCAUUUGUCGAGUCCGCCACGCCGGUGCAUGAGGGCCUCCAGAUACUUAUGGAAGAGCAUGCCCUAAGUAGUCAGUCAUCCACAGCCAUUGUUAGUACCCAAAAUCCUCCGGAUUCUAAUACCAUACCCUCAAGGACUCCAAGAGAUCCCGAGUUUCCCGCGACUACUCAUAUCAAUUGCCAGCUCUGGUCGUUGUCAGAAGAAGUGCAAGGUAAAAAUCACCAACUGCAUAUAAUCGUGGUCAUUUGCACUACAUGGAUGACGCGAUGCGUCGAGGGAGACGUUUCCACGUUCCACGAUAUUCCUAAGAGCCCCCAAGAUACUUUGUUAUACAUCACACAGCACAUGUGGGCUGCCUUCCUAAUGUGCAAAAUCACCGUUCUGGUUGUGGGAUCAGAGCUGUCAGGCGUGGAUAUGAUGACGAAACGUUGUGUUCGGCAAAGACCAAUUGCUCUUGCCAUAUGGGCCUCAGAAAUCUAG